GACAGACCCCUGAACUUGUAACAACAACAUCCUGACCUGACACAGAUCGUUAAGAUCUUUUGUUUUGAAAGAGCACGUUGUUGAUAAUCACGAAGUCCAAUCUUUUUUUUCUUUUUCCUUGCUCAGGAAGUUUUGCUUUCGGAAGAAAGAAUCGAAACAGUGUGGAUGUCUAUCUUCCCGAGACAGAAACCGAACAAUGAGCAAAAACAAAAACAGUCGUUUCACAGUAACCCCUGUCUACAACUUCGAUGGGUUGCUACAACCGAAAACGGUCGCUAUGCCCAGCCCUACAUUAAAUAUUAUACCUGAUCUUAUGAUCGACAACAAAAUUCUGCAAACCGAUGUGGAUGAAAACAAAGAAAGAGGCAACUGGAGCAAUGGAAUCGAGUUUCUUCUCUCUUGUCUUAGUUAUGCAGUUGGUUUGGGCAAUAUCUGGAGGUUUCCGUACCUGUGUUACAGAAAUGGAGGAGGUGCUUUUCUAAUUCCUUAUGCCAUCAUGUUAGUUUUCGUGGGUCUACCUCUUUUCUUUCUGGAACUGUCAUUCGGACAAUAUGCAAGUGAAGGACCAAUUACAAUCUGGAAAAUAUCACCUUUGUUUCAAGGCCUUGGAUACGCUAUGUUCUUAAUGUCUACUCUCGUAGGGAUAUAUUACAAUAUGAUUUUAGCAUGGGCUCUAUUUUACUUGAUAUCUUCUUUAAGAAGCAUUCUGCCCUGGAGCUCCUGCGACAACUGGUGGAAUACUGUAGCUUGUAAGAAAUUUGAUGCCAAAAAUUGUAGUGCCAUUAAUGGAAUUUUGUCAGAAAAUGGCACAUGCAUUUUACGGUAUCAAGUAUCUAAUACCACCUGGGAAAAUCUAGAGCUCUCUGCAUCGAAAUCAAAGACGGCAAGUGAUGAAUAUUUUCAUAAUUUUGUUUUGGAUAUCACGGAGGGUCUGCAUGAUUUGGGUGGAAUGCGCUGGGAGUUAGCCAUUUGUCUAUUUGUUUGCUGGGUUUUUGUAUUUUUAUGCCUGCUAAAAGGAGUCAAGAGCAUGGGAAAAGCUGUUUACUUCACAGCUUUAUUUCCAUAUCUGGUUCUCACCAUCCUCUUAAUACGAGGUUUGACUCUAAACGGGUCAAUGGAAGGUAUUAUGUUCUACCUCACACCGGAAUGGGACAGACUGAAAGAAGCUCGGGUAUGGGGAGAUGCAGCCAUGCAAAUAUUCUUUUCACUAUCACCAUGUUGGGGAGGAUUGAUAACAUUGGCUAGUUACAACAGAUUUCAUAAUAACUGUUACAGGGAUGCCUUAUUCAUUGUUUUUGGAAAUUGUGGAACUAGUUUCUUUGCUGGAUUUGUAAUCUUUAGCAUAGUUGGUUUCAUGGCACACGAACUUGGAGUUUCUGUUAACCAAGUUGCAGCACAAGGUGCUGGCCUGGCUUUCGUUGCAUACCCAGAAGCUGUUUCUCGACUACCUGUUUCACCACUCUGGUCCUUCCUCUUCUUUCUUAUGCUCAUGACUUUAGGACUUGGGACUCAGUUUACCAUUGUUGAGACUGUUGUAACAACAAUUGUUGAUACUUGGCCAGAAAAAUUGCAGCGACGGAAGCCUUGGGUUUUAUCAAGUGCUUGUUUCGUCAUGUUCUGUUUAGGUCUUCUAAUAUGUACGAAGGGAGGAAUGUAUUUAUUGCAGUUAAUGGACAAUUACGCAGCAAGUUUUUCGGCACUUUUGAUUGGCUUAAUUGAAGUUUUGGUUAUAUCAUGGGUAUAUGGUAUCGAACGAUUCUUGAUGGACAUCAGAGUCAUGUUGGGGAAAUAUCCUUAUCCUUAUCAGUACUGGAGGAUAAUCUUUCGUUUCAUUGUACCUCUUUUGAUCACAUUCAUAUUGGUGUUUACCUGGAUUGAUAUGCGGCCAACGGAAUAUGGUGAUUACGUCUUUCCAAGUUGGGCUACAGGAAUGGGCUGGGCUUUGUCUCUCUUCUCCGUGAGCGCUAUUCCUAUCACUGCAAUUUACAAAGUAUAUAAAGCUGAAGGACCUAUUAAAACACGAAUACUAACUCUCUCGAAGCCUACGGCGGACUGGGGCCCUAAGUUACAACAGCAUCGGGUGGAGAGCCAUGCUCCCAAGCAUACAGAUUCCCAGGUUCCUCUGACUUUGCCAAAUUAUGAUCCAGAUGGGUUUGGAGAUGAUAAUGAUUCCGACAGCAAAAACAGUGAUGGAUAUUUCAGCACAGAAGGCUUACAUAUGACAAUAGAAACGGGACUUUAAAAUGAGCAUUUAUCUGUCAGUAUGUAAAUGGAAGGAGAUUUUGUAAAUAAUCGUGAGAAAGUAUUUUGUUUAUAGAACAGAUUUUAAUUACUCUGAAGAAUUUCUUGUAUACAGUUUUUAUUUGAAGAAAUGCAUUUUUUUUAAUUACCAAGAGUGUGUUUUUCAAACGUCCCUUCUUGUUUUUAGUUGCCUAAGAAAAUAGCUUCUUAGAGCUGUAAUUUGCCUAGUAUGUUUUUAUUUUUGUAUGUUGCAUUUUUUCCCUUUGGGACAUACUAUUACAUUCUUAAUUUCAUUAAAUUAACCUCAUUUUUUUCUUAUGAAAUGAUUUGACUGUUACAUAAAACGGUACUCAGAAAACAGUUUGAUAAAGAUAUAAAUUAAAUUUUAAAUACCUUUUAUACGAAUAAAAAAAUACAAUUGGGAAAUUUAAACGUAAUGCCAUAUAAAAUAAAGCAAUAAGUAUUAUUUUAUUAUUUUAGCGGGUGUUGUUUAAGCAUAUUUUGUAAAUGUGAUUGUUUAUAACAAGAAACAAAGAUUUAGUUACCUUUCAACAUUGUGAUAAAUGGGUGCACUCUUUCUGUCUCUCUCUCUCUUUUAUUCCUUUAUUUAUUAAUAGACUCUUAAAACCAAUAUAAAAGUACAUAGAAACAUUUUUCUUUCGUUUUCGUUAAGUAUUGCUUUUAUAUUUUGAUUCCUAAAAUAGAUUCAUUACAUUUAAGAUACAACUCUCUUCGAACAUGUAAACUAUGUACAGUAUGUAAGUAUGUAAACACAUGUUGGCUAAAGGCCAUCAUUGUAUGUGAUGCUCAAUUUAAUUAUCAUCUGUAUAAGAUAUGUCAUCAUCAAUGCUGUAUAAUUUUUAGCUUGGAGAAAUAAAAAAAGGCCAUUUUA